AUGACUGCGAAAUUGAAGAGAGUGGAAAUUGAGAACUUCAAGUCGUUUAGAGGCUUAAAUAGAAUUGGUCCUUUGAAACAGUUUUCAGUUGUGACUGGUCCAAAUGGCUCAGGUAAAUCAAAUUUUAUGGAUGCUGUCAGUUUUGGCGCUUGUGUGAAAACAAGCCGUUUACGUGCUCACCAGGUGUCUCAUUUGGCACACAGUACCAGCACCCUCGAUUCUAGAAGCACCGCAGUGACAAUUGUACUGGAAUUAAGUGAUGCAGUGGAGAUAUAUUUAACAAGAAGACUCACAGGAAAUGUAUCUAAAUAUAUGAUAGACCAGCAGGAUGUAACAAAAGAAGAAUAUCUGUCUCAGUUGAAAGAUCUUGGAAUAAGUGAAUAUUUUUUCAUAUUCCAAGGUGCAAGUCAAGAUUUUGCCACAAAAAAGCCAAAAGAACAUACAUCUUUAUUGGAAGCGAUUAGUGGGUCUGUGUCAUUCAAGGAGGAAUAUGACAACUUGAAUAAUCAGUUACAAGACACUUUGGAAACAUUAAGCUCCCUGCGAGCCCAGAAGAAAAUUGUUGAUUCAGAACUUAAAAAUUUGAAGAGUAAAUUAGAUGAUGCUGCAGAGCUUGAAGAGAUCCAGCUUGCAUUGAAGGAGAAAAAACUGAAAUUAAUGUUACUUAAGUUGUAUUAUAACUGCAAGAAUAAAAACAUACUUAUAAGCCAACAAGAUCUUAAAGUUCAGCAGCUUAGCAGAUUGGAACAAGAAGGUAAAAAUGACGUUGAAGAAUUAAGAAAAUUGAGGUGUGAACAUCAGACCCUGUCAGAAAAUUUGAUAGAGCUGCGGAACGAGGAACAAUUGAAGGAAAAUGAAUAUAAAGAUUUACAUUCUAAGAUUGACAAAGUAAGAAUGAAUUUGGAAGUGUUGAAAGAUAAAAUCAGUGACAACAGAAAACAACUGAAAAGAGCAAGAAAUGUAGAUGAGAAAUGUCAGUAUCAAGUUAGUGCUUUACAAGAUGCUAUUAAUGAAUUAAUGAGAGAGUUACAAGAACUAGAAGAGCGGACACCAUCUGAAGCUGAUCUUCAUCACCUGACAGAUGAAAAGGUACAAGAAUAUUGCAGGCUUAAGUCUUUAGUGGAAGUGCAAGCUGCAGAAUACUUUUCAAAGUUGAGAAGCUUGGAGGAUGAACAAGCGAGAGAUCAAAAGAUAACUGAUGAUGAAGUCAGCAAUUCUUACCGUGAAAAAAAGAAACUUCAAGAAUGUGUGUUACGAAGCAAACAGUUAGAGGAUAGACAUCAACAAUUCAGUGAACAUUUAUGGUAA